AUGGUUGAUGGUUCUGCUAUGAUUCCCCCUGCAACUGUUCUUGAUGAACAUGAUGUGCAUGAUUUAUCUACCUCUGUGGACAUUUGGACUCGUUUACAAACUAGAUUUAUGCAUGCUAGUAUGGCCAGAUCUAUGGAAUUAAAGGGACGUUUAACUCGGAUUAAAAACACUGCUUUUCAGACAAUGGAUGGGUAUUUACGGGAAAUUAAGGUGAUUGCUGAUUCCCUUGCUGCUAUUCAGUGUCCUGUGUCGAACCAGGAUUUAGUGCAGUAUACUCUUUUUGGCCUAGAUCGUAGAUUGAUAAAUUCUAAGGAUGCAUCUGAUACAUCAUCCCAUCAUGCCUUACUUGCCGUUAAAACUACUGGUACUGGUUCAAAUUCGUCCUCCCAGACUAAUUCUGGAGGGCGAAAUCGAGGAAGGAAUAACAGAAACAGAGGUGGUAAUAAUAAUCGUGGGGGGAACAAUGCUCGGGGUAAUAAUGGUGGGAAUGUAGGAAACAAUAACAAUCGUGGCUCUGGAGGAAACAACAACACCACUGGUCACCAAGCUGUCUACUGUCCCCAGCAUUUCAAUCAUAACUUUAUUCCCUCCUCCUCCGCAAGUGUCACUCGAGCCUUAGUUGCACUGUCUGUUGGUGGUGAAACUAAUGACUCUGUCUAG